GUAUUGAAUUCCAGCAUUACCGAUGGAGUGCGCCAUGAACUUGACAUGGAAGAGACAUUCCAGAAUGUGAAGUUUGAGGACAUUAUUGAUCAGAUAGGUGGCAAUGGAAAGUUUCAACAACAACAUAACAUAAUUUUCAUAUGUUUAUCUAGCAUUUUUAUGGCAAUGGUAAUCUACAGCAAAAUGUUAGCUAUUACAAUUCCUGAUCACUGGUGUUAUGUACCAGGAAGAGAGGAGGCAAAUGUAAGCACAGACAUCUGGAAGAACAUGACAAUUCCUAGGAAUGGAGAGACCUACAGUAAAUGCCUCAUGUACAACGAUUCAGAUGAAAAUAAUGAGACAAUUCCAUGCAUUUAUGGCUGGGAAUAUGAUGACACUUGGUUCUCCCUCACUGCUGCAUCACAAGAAAACUGGGUGUGUGACAAAGCAAUAUAUGCUCAUACAUCACUUUCACUGACCCUCUUGUUCUCAACAGUUAUUGGAAUAGCAUUCUUCUAUAUUGGAGAUAGGUUUGGUAGGAGAAAGCAAUACAUUUUCAGCACAAGUCUGGCAAGCAUAUGCCGAGGAGUGCUGCCAUUUAUAGUUUCUGUAUAUCCACUCUUUAUUGCAGCAUCAGCAGUAGCUGCAGGAGCUGCAAUGCCUGCUACAGAAUCUGCCCUUGCUAUUGGAAUAGAAUUAUGUGGCGUCAAACAUCGAUCAGCCAACAACUUUAGAUCGUGUCUUUGUUUUGCUUUUGGAUUUAUCACCAUAAUAUUGCUAGCUUGGCUUUUGAGAAACUGGAUUUAUUUCAUUCUUAUUACAGCAGUUUUGAGCUGCAUCCCAUUAUUGUUUGUCAGGUACCUACCAGAGUCUCCACGUUGGCUUGUUGCCAAAGGAUAUCCAGAGGAUGCUCUUAAAGUGCUUCAGAAAGUGGCUUCAGCCAAUGGCACAGCAUUGCCAAAUGAUACCCACACCAAGCUAAAAUGCUUGUCUGACCAAAGAACAGAAAAAAUGGGUUUGAAGACCUUAUUUGUGAACAGAGUGUUGUUUAAAAAUACACUUCUUCUCAUUUGGGACAGGUCAGCUGCAGUAUUUACUAUGCUUACUCUGCUGCUGAGUGAUAAGACUUUUGGAGGAAAUCCUUUUGUUCCUUUUAUUGGACAAGCAUCUCUUCAUAUACCAGCCAUAAGUCUGUCCCAUUAUGUUGGCAACAAAUUUGGAAGAAGAUGUUCACAUUUAUUUAUAGUGCUAACUGCUGCUAUUGUAUCCUUCCUUACUGUCUGCUCAAUCACAGUCUCUUCACCACAGUGGGUGAUAACUACCAGCUCUCUGUUUAUUCAGUUCUGUAAUCAAGCUUCGCUGUCACUCACAAACUUACAGAGCAUGGAGAUACAUCCAACAUGUGUUAGACAAACCAGUGUGGCCAUGGAAUACAUGCUUUCAAAUGCCAUUAGUUGUGUGGCUCCAUAUGUCGCAUAUGUGGGAACAGAAAUUGAGCUCCGCUACAUGUUUGGUAUACUUGGAACUACAAUGCUUUUUGCUUCACUUUCGAUAUCAUUUCUGCCAGAAUCUUUGAAUCAGAAGCUUCCAGAAACAAUAGAGGAUGCUACUGCAUAUGAAUACUCUUCCAAUUCAGUCAAGGCUGCUGUCAAGAAAGAUUGUUCAGUAUACAAAGUGAAACAAGUUAGUAGAGUUUGCAAAGAAACUGACUUGGAAUUGGAUACCCUCUGUGGUAGCACACUUCUUUAUCACACAAAGUUCUUGUUUAUGACGUCACAUUAUGCAAUGUUCAUUUAUUCAGGUCACAAAGAUUACUUGUGCCGACACAUUCUGUGCAUACCUUUCUGUGUUAAACCAUACAGCAACACCGGAAAUGCCAGGGCUGCUUCCAUGUCAAACUUGGGCAUCGGUUCUGGUGAUGGUGCUCACAGUGCUGGUGAUACUGGUAUGAGCAGUUGCUCAGGAAUGGGUCACGGAAUCACUGAUGAAUGUGUCAGAAGCAAGAGAGGAACUGCUGGUUCAGAAGCUGAGGAUGGAUGCCCUCGUCCACAUGGAAGUGGAGAACCACCAGAAGCAAGUGAUGUGGAUAGGCUCCGAGAUGAUGGUGUGGCAUCAGAGGAUGCUGGGCAGUCCAUAUGA